GCAGCAGCUGGUGAGGCUCGCAGUUGCUGCAGCGGAUCGUUGUGCACCGCUCCUUCCUCCUCCUCUUCCUCCUCAGGGCCGCCGCCGCCAUGCAGCCCUCCCGCAGCCUCCUGCUCCUCGCCUCCUGCUUCCUGGUCGCCUCCGCCGUCGUCAGGAUUCCCCUGCAGAAGUUCCGCUCGAUCCGCCGGACCCUCACGGAGGCCUCGGGGACCCCCGAGGACCUGUUGGCCCGGGGCCCCGCCCCCGAAUACACGCUGGGCGGCCCCACCCCGGAGAUCCUCAACAACUACCUGGACGCUCAGUACUACGGGGCCAUCGGUAUCGGGACCCCCCCGCAGACGUUCACCGUGGUUUUCGACACUGGCUCUUCCAACCUCUGGGUGCCGUCCAUCCACUGCAGCUUCCUGGACUUCGCAUGCUGGAUCCAUCACAAGUACAACUCGAAGGCGUCCAGCUCGUACGUGAAGAACGGCACCGAGUUCGCCAUCACCUACGGCAGCGGGAGUCUCUCUGGGUACCUGAGCCAAGACACCGUGUCGGUCGGGGACAUAAAGCUGGAGCGGCAGGUGUUUGGGGAGGCCAUUAAGCAGCCGGGCGCUACCUUCCUGAUGGCCAAGUUCGACGGCAUCCUGGGCAUGGCCUUCCCCCGCAUCAGCGUGGACGGCGUCGUCCCCUUCUUCGACAACCUCAUGAACCAGAAGCUGGUGGAGAAGAACGUGUUCUCCUUCUACCUCAACAGGGACCCAGAAGCACAGCCCGGCGGGGAGCUGAUGCUCGGGGGCACUGACCCCAAGUACUACACUGGCACCAUCAACUACGUCAACGUCACCCGCAAGGCCUACUGGCAGGUCCACAUGGAUGGGGUGACUGUGGGCAGCCAGCUGACGCUGUGCAAAGGCGGCUGUGAGGCCAUCGUGGACACGGGCACCUCCCUCAUCACCGGCCCCGUCAGCGAGGUGAAGGCCUUACAAGCGGCCAUCGGCGCCGUGCCCCUGAUCCAGGGAGAGUACAUGAUUCCCUGCAACAAAGUCCCCAGCCUGCCGCCCAUCAGCUUCAGGCUCGGCGCUCGGACCUACAGCCUGACCGGAGAACAAUACGUGCUUAAGGUGACGCAGGCGGGCCGCACUAUGUGCCUGAGUGGCUUCAUGGGCAUGGACAUCCCGCCGCCGGGCGGCCCUCUCUGGAUCCUGGGCGACGUGUUCAUCGGCCAGUACUACACCGUCUUCGACCGUGACAACAGCCGCGUCGGCUUCGCCAAGGCCCGCUGAAGCCCCCCGGCCCCCGAGGUCUCCCCGCCGGUCCCCGUUCCCUUCCCCCGCCCCGGGGUCGGGGGCAGAGCCGGGGAAGGUGGAGCCAGGCAGACGCCCACCCCUCACCGAUCCCUCCCGGCCCGUUCCGUCGGCUUGUUGUAAACCCUCCGCGGUCACUGCUGUUAGCACCGGGGUUUUGGCUUCUUGGUUCUUUGAAUGUCCGGAUAACUUUCCAUUUUCCCGUUGGCCUGGCGGGGGUGGGGGGUCUGAGCUCCCGCUUCGCUCCCCUCCCUGCGUCGGAGUGGGGGGCAGUGGAAGGCCACAGACCUCUCCCCCCCUGCCCCGACUCUUGGGUAUCAACUGCCCCUCUUGUCUGCCCUGGAGCUGGGGAGUGAGGCCGGGGCUUGGGUUUACCGUAGCAUAGGGAGAGCACCGCCCCCCAUCCCCCUUAGAAGGGUGGGGGGGAUAGGCCCCACCUUGCCCCUUUUCCUCACCCCUUCUCCCCAUUUGUGGCAACACUCCCGCCUCCACUCAAAGCGAGGGGUUCAAGCCCCUUUCCCUAGACACUGCCUCCCCAUAAAUGCGACAUGCUAGAGCCCAAGAGGGGGUGGGGGUCCUUGUAGGGGGAGAGCUGAAUUGAACAGGGGUGCAAGAAGUGGGGAGGGGGAGGGCAUUCCCCUCCCAUGGCCCGGCUGAGCCUGCUGGAGGGCACCGGGAUUGGGAGAUCCUUUCUACCUGCUUGCCCGCCGCCCCUUCUCUGCGGGGGAGGAGGACGGAGGUAGUGAAAGCCAGCUGGACCCUCUCUUGGGGGGCUUAGGGGGGCUUUCCCAACCUCCCAGCCCCACCCGACUCCUUCUGCCCCCUGCCACCGUAGACGAGUGCAGUGAAAAUACAGAUGGUUUUCGAUCCUA